AAUUUCAAAAACUCUCUCUCUCUCUCUCUCUCUCUCUCUCUCUCUCUAGAAGCCCACAAAUGGGAAACUGCGCUCCGAAACCCAAAAACGUCUCCACGACGCCGAUCCGCCUCCACGGAUCCGAAUCCUGCCCGAUCGCCGCCCGAAUCCGCGUCUCCCUCCUCUACAAAUCCCUACCCUUCGACUUCAUCCCAACUCCGACCGCCAUCAACCGCCCCGUUCUCAUCGUUGGAUACGAAACCGUCAAGGACACCGCCGACUCCAUCCUCCACUACAUCGACUCGAAGUUCGCACGGAGGCUCGCGGCGUGGCGGUUGAGUGAGAGAUCGGCGACGAUGGAGCCGGCUGCGGCGGUGAUCAGGCUGCAGCACGGAGCUUGGAGAGGCACGUGCGGGGAUGGAGAGGUGGGUGAAGGAUCUGGUGGCGGGAAAGGGGAAUUGGCGGAGAGGGAGGGGGAUGGAGAUUGGUACGGGGAGAGUGGGGAGCUGAUGCUUGAGCAUGCUCAGAUGGAGGAGACUUUCUUGUUUCCGAUAUUGGAUCGAGCAUCGGAUUCUGAUGUUUGUAGAGAUGCAACGGAGGAGCACGGUAGAGAUUUGCCAAUGAUGAACGGGAUUAAAGAAGAGAUCAAAAUGUUGGGGGUGAUGGAAGCUGAGUCUCCUUCAUACAAGGAAACUUUGUUAAGCAUCUCUCGUCGGCUCAAAAAACUUCAAGAUCACUGCAAGGAGCACUUCGCAGAAGAGGAGACAAAGCUAUUACCUCUCUUAGAAACAGCAGAAAAGGCAAGAAGACAAGAAGGAGGGCAGCCGUGGUCACAGCUCGAAUGGGCAGAGAAGCUGAUUAGUUCAACUGAAUCCGCACAUUCUCAGCUCUUCCCAUUGCUGAUGGCUGGCCUCCGCCCUGAUGAGGCUCUGCAGUACGUCGAUCUUGUAUGCAGAUGCCUUUGUGAUGAUCGACAAGUUGUGAAGAUGCUUCAGUCAUUGGUGAGUUGGUUCGAGGGAACACUGCCUCUCUCGUGGAUCAGAGCCUCACCUUUUCUCAAGUGUUGAUUCAUAUUGUGUUGUGGUGGUUUUAGGUGAUCUUUCUCUUGUUUCUAGUAAAAAGCAGGAAAAUUUGGUGCUUGUGUAUAUAGAAGUUUUAAGAGCAGACGCAGGUAAAUUGACAAGAAAAAGGGAAUAAAAUAACAAAAGAUUCU